CCAACUACAACUCCCGGCGUGCGGCGAGAAGCCGCGGUGACGUUUCCCGCCGCGAGGCGGCGCUCGGAGCUUAGGUCCCGCCCGGCUGCGCUCCAAGGCGCCGCCCCGGCGCUCGGGCACCGGCGCGGGGCGAGGGGCGGCCGCAAGGACGGGGCUGCUCGGUGCCCUCCGCCAGCGGCCGCCGCCCACUUACACCCGUGCUCGCCGCCCUGCGAUCCCGCCCUUCCCGCCCCGGUGCUGCGGGCCUUCCUCCGUCCCUCAGCCUGGUGCUCAUACUGGAGAUGCAGGAACCAUGUAGCAGAAAGCUUUGAGCCAGCUGUGGAUUAUCAGUUUCUCCUAAGAGCAAUAUAAAGUGAAGAAUGAAGGCGACUGGAUUUAUUUCCCUGUGGACGUUGGUUUCGCUGCCUUGUGGCCCGUUAGCAAACCCUGCAGAACGUGAAGAUGUAGUGAAGCAUGCAAUAAAGCUGCACCGGGGGAAGGGAGCUGUUAUCACUCAGAGGAAGCAGUGGGUGUUGGAGAGCUGCAGAAAACUGUCUGGUCUUCUGCGCCAAAAGAACGUUGUUCUCAACAAAUUAAAAAAUGCCAUAAGAGCAGUUGAGAAGGAUGCAGGACUGUCUGAUGAAGAGAAACUUUUCCAGGUGCACACCUUUGAAAUUUUCCAGAAGGAACUAAAUGAAAGUGAAAACUCAGUCUUUCAGGCAAUCCAUGGCCUCCAGAGAGCUCUACAGGGUGAUUACAAAGAUGUUGUAAACAUGAAAGAAAGCAGUAGACAGAGACUGGAGGCCUUGAGAGAAGCUGCAAUUAAGGAAGAAAUGGAAUAUGUUGAACUCUUAGCAGCAGAAAAACACCAGGUUGAAGCCCUUAAGAACAUGCAGCACCAAAACAAAAGCCUGUCGAUGCUUGAUGAAAUUCUGGAAGAUGUCAGGAAGGCAGCUGAUAGAUUGGAAGAGGAAAUAGAAGAGCACGCCUUUGAUGACAACAAAUCUGUAAGAGGUGUAAACUUUGAAGCAGUUUUAAGGGUGGAAGAAGAUGAAGCCAACUCCAAAAGAAAUGCUUCAAAAAGAGAAGUAGAAGAUGACUUAGGUCUUAGUAUGCUUAUUGAUUCUCAGAACAAUCAGUAUAUCCUUACUAAACCUAGAGAUUCAACCAUUCCUCGUGCUGAUCAUCAUUUCAUAAAGGAUAUUGUGACAAUAGGAAUGUUAUCUUUGCCAUGUGGCUGGCUGUGCACAACAAUAGGAUUGCCAACAAUGUUUGGAUAUAUCAUCUGUGGAGUACUCUUAGGACCCUCAGGACUAAAUAGUAUCAAGUCUAUUGUACAGGUGGAGACACUAGGAGAGUUUGGUGUAUUCUUCACUCUAUUUCUAGUUGGUCUGGAAUUUUCUCCUGAAAGAUUAAGAAAGGUGUGGAAAAUCUCUUUGCAAGGACCCUGCUACAUGACAGUUCUGAUGAUUGCCUUUGGUUUACUAUGGGGACACUUGCUCCAAAUUAGACCAACACAGAGCGUCUUCAUUUCCACUUGUUUGUCUUUGUCAAGCACACCACUGGUGUCCAGAUUUCUUGCAGGUAGUGUCCGAGGAGAUAAAGAAGGGGAUAUUGACUACAGCAGCGUACUGCUUGGCAUGUUGGUGAUGCAGGAUGUGCAACUUGGUUUAUUUAUAGCUGUCAUGCCUACACUUAUUCAAGCAGGAGUGAGCACAUAUUCCAGCAUUUUCAAGGAAAUUCUGAGAAUAUUGAUACUGAUUGGCCAAAUUCUGUUUUCUCUGGCUGCUGUUUUUCUUCUAUGUCUUGUUAUAAAGACUUAUCUCAUAGGACCAUAUUACCGCAAGUUGCACACAGAAAGCAAAGGGAAUAAAGAAAUCCUCAUUCUAGGAAUAACUGCAUUCACCUUCCUUAUGUUAACGAUCACAGAGCUGUUGGAUGUUUCAAUGGAACUGGGAUGCUUCUUAGCCGGAGCUCUGAUCUCUUCUCAGGGUCACAUGGUUACUGAGGAGAUUAUGUGCUGUAUUGAACCAAUACGUGACUUUCUUGCCAUCAUUUUCUUUGCAUCUAUAGGACUUCAUGUUUUUCCCACAUUUGUAAUAUAUGAACUCACAGUCUUGCUAUUCCUUACAUUGUCUGUCGUCAUAAUGAAGUUUGUCUUGGCAGUGCUUGUCCUUUCUUUGAUUCUUCCAAAGACCAGCCAAUAUAUCAAGUGGAUUGUCUCAGCAGGACUGGCACAAGUCAGUGAAUUCUCUUUUGUUCUGGGAAGUAGAGCACGCAGAGCAGGGAUCAUAUCUCGGGAGGUCUAUCUUCUUAUACUGAGUGUGACUACUCUAAGCCUUUUACUUGCCCCUGCCCUGUGGAGAGCUGCAAUUAUGAAAUGUGUUCCGAGACCUGAAAGACGCUCAAGUACUUGAUCAAGAUUUGCACAAAUAGAAGAAUAUGUCCUCUUUCUAGGAAAACAUCUUCAUUGCUCAUUGUAUUUCUAUGCACUAAGAAAACAAGACCUGUUGAGUAGACACUUGGUUAUAAGCCUUAUACUGACCUUAAAACAAAACAAAAUUCAAUACUAAAUAAUAAUUGCAUCAUUUGAAUUGCACACCUUUUACAAAAUUUACUUUGACAGAUAGGAAUCUACUAGGAUAUUUGUUUCUGAUCCAAUCUGUUACUCAGAACAUAAAUUAUUUUUUUAAAAUACAGCAUCAUGCAAACUGUUGAUUAUUUUUGUUGCCUGAAUGUGCCUUUUAAUUUUCAUCCUGUUAAUGCUGGUUCAUCACCAGAUUUUGUUCAGAAAGGAAAAAAAAAUAUAUAUAUAUUAUGGUGCCUAUGGUAUCUUCUUUCACUAAAUGACUUGAGUCAUUUUCACAUUUAGGAUUUUAAUAUAGCAGUAUAAAAUUAAUUACAAAACAAGUUUCUAGUGGUGAAUAAAAGAGUGAUCUUCUACACAAAGAAAAGGUUAAACAGUUCAGUGUCAGUUCCAAGCAGUUACAUUUUCCAAAUCAUGCAGCCAGUACUGCAUGAUGUUUUAUUCCAAAUUGCAGCAUAUAAUGUAUUUUCUUAUAGUGGUAUAUUUUGUGCUAGCUCUUGUAUUUAUUUACAUAUUUGACUAAAAAUUGACAGUAAAAAAGGGCAUAACUUAUGUUAGCAGACUGACAAUUGUUAUCCAUCCUUGUUGCUAACUGCUGCUACAGUAAUGGUUUUCAGGGGUGUUUUCUUUUAAAUCAAAAAGAAAUGUAGUGAAACUGGGAAGUGUAAUUUCAAUUAGAUGUGAAAAAUAGCACUUCUGUAAACUUGGAGGUUGGAUCUUAGUUGACACUAUUCUAGACUUGAAAUUAUUUUGAGUAAAUUAACUUGCAGGAAACUGGAAACGGCAGACUGGAUGUGUAUUUGCAACCCCAUGACCUUUUAAGUUACAUUUACAUUGAAUAAAUUGUUAGUCUUUUUAAAAUACCGUGAUAUUUUAGAAAAGAAUGUUUUGAAUGUGAUCUUAAUGUGGUUUUUCUUUAAUAUGUUGUAUGUAGUGAGAUAGGUUGUGUAAAAGCCCAUUCUUUAAGUGUCAUAGAGAAAGCUUACUGUAGUAAGCUGUAGUCUACUCUGUGACAAAGCAUUUAAGAAUCAUCUUGAGGUUUAUCUGCUAAAACCAGUACUAUUUAAGAUACGUUAACACUUCAGGUCAGUAUUGCAGUGUCAUCUGAAAUAACAUUGAUACCCACAAAAAUGGUUAGAAAAAUGCAUGUUAUCAGGUUUAAACUGCCAAUUAAAAUGAAAAUUGUCCUCCUAGUAGCAAAACAAAGCUUUGGAUGGAUUUUUUGCUCUAUACCUCUUUCUCCCAUAGCAUCCUCAGUUUCUUCUGUGUUUUCUCUGUCAUCUGCUGGGCUUGUCCAAAUGAAACUUGGAUUAGUCUAGAGUGUGUAUGUACUGAUGGGACAGGGUAGAAAUCACCAUAUUUGAGUUCUUCCUCACUGGAUUCAGGGCUUUCCCUCCAGGCACUAAGGCUUCAUACAGGUUGGAGGAAUGUACGGCAAUUCCAACUCUCCUCAAAUAGUUUCAAAAGUUGUUUCAGAACAGACAAAUGCAGAGCAAAAAGCUGCCCUAUAAAUAAAAUAUUUUUUAAUAAAAUUAAUCUAUAACAGAAAAGAAACUCAAAACUGAUUUGUUGGUGUAUUUCAAUAUUUUUAUUCAAAACAGAGGAGCAGCUCAAGUUUUAUAAUAAGUUCCACAUACAGUCUACUAGGUCAGACCUUUUACUCUUUUCAAGGUACCUCAUCGAAAUAGUUUGUUUCUUAACUGUUCUAUCCACUAUACCACUGGCCUAGCUCAUGGUUUUUGCAUUAAAUACAAGCAUCUCUCCUGAAUGCUUCAUUUUGGUUUGAAAGAUACUUACUUCACAUGUAGUUUGCCACCUAUUUCACGGGGGAAAAUGUAUGACAGGUCAUGGUAGAGACCCCUCUGUAUGGUUUCCAUUAUGUCACUUAGCCCUUGAAGCAAUUAUAUAAUUGUACUGCACCUGUGAUGAGUAAAACUUAGCUAAGUCAA